AGCCGCGCCGACCCGCAGAGAGCAGGGACGCACGCCCGCCCGCCGCCGUCGCCCGGCCGCUAUGGAUCUAUUCGACUUUUUCAGGGACUGGGACUUAGAGCAGCAGUGUCACUAUGAACAAGACCGUAGUGCACUUAAAAAAAGGGAAUGGGAGCGGAGAAAUCAAGAAGUCCAGCAAGAAGACGAUCUCUUUUCUUCAGGCUUUGAUCUUUUUGGGGAGCCCUACAAGGUAGCCGAAUAUACAAACAAAGGUGAUGCACUUGCCAACCGAGUCCAGAACACGCUUGGAAACUAUGAUGAAAUGAAGGAUUUGCUAACUAACCAUUCUAAUCAGAAUCAUCUAGUGGGAAUUCCAAAGAAUUCUGUGCCCCAGACUCCCAUCAACAAAAAUGAACCAAGCUUUUUUCCAGAACAAAAGAACCGAAUGAUCCCAGCUCACCAGGAUAAUACUCAUCCCUCCGCACCAAUGCUUCCACCUUCUGUCGUGAUACUGAAUUCCACUCUAAUACACAGCAACAGAAAAUCGAAACCAGAGUGGCCACGGGAUACUCAUAAUCCUAGCACUGUACCAGCAAGCCAAGCUAGUAGUCAGCCAAACAAGAUGCAGACUUUGACACAAGAUCAACCUCAAACCAGACUGGAAGACUUCUUUGUCUACCCAGCUGAGCAGCCCCAAAUUGGAGCAGUUGAAGAGUCAAACCCAACGGUGAAGGAAGACAGUAGCUUCAAGUCUAGUGGAGAAGAUGUUUUCAAAGAAAUCUUUCAGUCCAACUCACCAGAAGAAUCUGAAUUUACAGUGCAAGCGCCUGGGUCUCCCCUAGUGGCCUCCUCUUUAUUAGCUCCCAGCAGUGGCCUUUCAGUUCAAAACUUCCCACCAGGGCUCUACUGCAAAACAAGCAUGGGGCAGCAAAAGCCAACUGCAUAUGUGAGACCCAUGGAUGGGCAGGACCAGGCACCUGACAUCUCUCCAGCACUGAAACCUUCCAUUGAAUUCGAGAACAGCUUUGGGAAUCUGUCAUUUGGAUCCCUCUUGGAUGGAAAACCCAGUGCAGCCAAUUCAAAGACUAAACUACCCAAGUUCACGAUCCUUCAAACAAGUGAAGUGAGCCUUCCCAGUGAUCCAAGCUGUGUUGAAGAAAUCUUGCGGGAGAUGACCCAUUCCUGGCCUACUCCUCUCACUGGCAUACACACUUCUGGAAACUCUGAGCAGAAUACAUUUUUCAUCCCAGGACAGGAAUCCCAACAUCUGACCCCUGGAUUCACCUUACAAAAGUGGAGUGAUCCAACUAGCAGAGUGUCUACAAAGUCAGUGUCAUUCAAAUCGAUGCUUGAGGAUGAUCUGAAGUUGAGCAGCGAUGAGGAUGACUUUGAGCCUGUGAAGACCUUGACCACACAAUGUACUGCCACUGAGCUCUAUCAGGCUGUUGAGAAAGCAAAACCUAGGAACAAUCCUGUGAACUCACCCUUGACCACACCACAGCCCCCACCUGCAGUGCAAGUCAGUGGGGGUUCCGGCAGUUCCAGUGAAUCAGAGAGCAGCUCCGAGUCGGACUCCGACACUGAAAGCAGCACCACUGACAGUGAAUCCAAUGAGGCACCCCGUGCAGCUACUCCAGAGCCUGAGCCACCAGCAACCAACAAGUGGCAGCUGGAUAAAUGGCUUAACAAAGUGACAUCCCAGAAUAAGUCAUUUAUUUGUGGCCAAAAUGAAACACCCCUGGAGACAAUUUCUCUGCCUCCUCCUAUGGUCCAACCAAUGGAAGUCCAGAUCAAAGUGAAGACAAACCCCAACCAGGUCAUGGCUGAACCCAAAGAAAGGCCUCUCCUCAAUCUCAUUAGGGAGAAAGCCCGUCCACGGCCCACCCAGAAAAUUCCAGAAACAAAGGCUUUGAAGCAUAAGUUGUCACCAACUAUUGAAACAGCUUCUCAAAGGACAAUUGGGAAAAAACAGCCAAAAAAGGCUGAGAAGAGCACCAGCAUGGAUGAUUUUUCCUGGCUCAAACCAAAUAUUACCAGCAGCACUCCCAAAGAAAAAGACAGCAUGGAGCUUCCUGACCCACCAAGAGGCCGCAACAAGGCUACUGUCCACAAAUCAGUCCCUAGGAAAGAACCAAGGCCUAAUAUCACCUUGGCUGCUGAAAAGAAGAAGUACAGAGGGCCUGGCAAGAUUGUGCCAAAGUCCCGCGAAUUCAUUGAAACAGAUUCAUCUACAUCUGACUCCAGCACAGAUCAAGAGGAGACUCUGCAGAUCAAAAUUCUGCCUCCUUGCAUUACUCCUGGAGGUAAUACUGCCAAACCCAAGGAAACUGGUGGUGCCAACUUGACCCUCAGCAACUUCGUCAGCAGCAAUGGCAACAGCAAUAACUUAUCCAUCAACAAUGAAGAGCCAAUUUUUUCAUCCAUUUCUGCCACACGAAGUGAGCGUCUGUCCCCUGUACAAUCAGAUCAGGAGAAUCUGAAAAACCUAUGGGUGAAGAUCGACCUUGACUUACUCUCUAGAGUACCUGGCCACAACUCACUCCAAGCAGCACCUGCCAAGCCAGACCAUAAGGAAAUGGCCACAAAACCCAGGCGUCAGACUGCUGCUGCAGCGGUGGAAAAACCGGCCCCUAAGGGCAAGCGUAAGUACAAGCCAACAGAUAUUGCGGAGAAGAUUCCUGAGAAGAAGCAGCGCCUAGAGGAGGCCAACACAAUCUGCUUGCUCCCCCCUUGCAUCUCACCAGCGCCACCCCAGAAGCCUCCCAGUGCUAGAGAAAAUAAUUCAUCCAGGAGAAAUAAUAGAAGAAAGGAUGAAAAGCUAUUUCCUCCUCCACUUUCCCCACUGCCAGAGGACCCUCCACGCCGUAGAAAUGUCAGUGGCAAUACUGGUCAUUACAAUCAAGACAGAAACACCUCCACAACUGGACAUAGCACCUCUGGCAAACCUAAGCGAAAUGAAGGCAAAUUCUGUUCUACUUUCAAAGGGAUAUCCACAAAUGAGGGAGACACUCCAAAAAAGCCAGCCACUUCCACUGUUUCUAUUACCAGCACUGCUAUUGCAACUGUCACUGCUACUGCUAUUGUCACAGCUACAGUGACAGCUACCGCAACAGCUACGGCAACAGUCACCACUACAACUACUACCACUACUAUUUCUACCAUCACCUCUACCAUCCCUACUGGCCUCAUGGAUAGCAAUCACCUAGAGAUGACAUCCUGGGCAUCCCUGCCCCUUCUGUCCAGUAGCAGCACUAACGUCCGGAGACCCAAACUCACUUUUGAUGAUUCGGUUCACAAUGCUGAUUAUUACAUGCAAGAAGCUAAGAGGCUAAAGCACAAGGCUGAUGCACUGUUUGAGAAAUUUGGCAAAGCUGUGAAUUAUGCUGAUGCUGCCCUGUCCUUCACUGAAUGUGGCAAUGCCAUGGAACGUGACCCUCUGGAAGCAAAGUCCCCGUAUACCAUGUACUCUGAGACCGUGGAGCUCCUCAGGUAUGCAAUGAGGCUGAAGAACUUCGCAAGCCCCUUGGCUUCGGAUGGAGACAAAAAGCUGGCAGUCUUAUGCUACCGAUGUUUAUCGCUUCUCUACUUGAGGAUGUUUAAACUGAAGAAGGACCAUGCUAUGAAGUACUCAAGAUCACUGAUGGAAUAUUUUAAGCAAAAUGCUUCAAAAGUCACCCAUAUACCAUCUCCGUGGGUUGGCAAUGGAAAAAACACUCCAUACCCAGUGUCUCUCAACAACGUCUCUGCCAUCAAUGCAAUGGGGAACUGCAACAAUGGCCCGGUCACCAUCCCCCAGCGUAUUCACCACAUGGCUGCCAGCCACGUCAACAUCACUAGCAACGUGUUACGGGGCUACGAACACUGGGAUAUGGCAGACAAACUGACACGAGAGAACAGAGAAUUCUUUGGCGAUCUGGACACGCUGAUGGGGCCUCUAACUCAGCACAGCAGCAUGACCAAUCUUGUCCGCUACGUUCGCCAGGGACUGUGUUGGCUGCGCAUCGACGCCCAUUUGUUGUAGUGGGUGUGCUCCUGUGUCUAGUGUCAUCCCCAUCACUCUACCUCUACCAGCACACCAAUGGUCACUGGUGGAACUCCAUUCAAUGGGGAAAAUUCUCUUUGGUUAUUUUUGGUUUUAUGCUUCUUUUAAUCUCUUUCGAAAACAGAAAUCAUUGAAAGUGGACACUACAACUUGAGAGCAGCGUAUGUUUUAUUACUUAGUGGUUUUUUAGCAUUUGAUCUGCAUUCUCAGAUCCCACCAUCUUUUUAUGCUUUAUAGAAUGAUAGUCCCUACCAUAUUGUUUUAAGUCCACACUACUCAACACAAAGAAUGGGAAGCAUUUGUGAAGAUGACAGGUUCCUGAGAACAUAGAUGCAAGGGACCUGUUGAGACUUGCAGCAAUAGCGGUCCCCCAAACUAUAUUAUUAUAUCCAUAAGAGAAUGUGUUUCAGAAUUCAUUGUUAAAAUUUUGUGGUUCCCACAGACUCAAUCUUCAGGUGAGAAUUUUCAUUGCCACAACUCACUGGUUAGAUGUUGUGGCAAUAUCAUAAAUCAAAGAGUAUAAAGAACAGAAAUGAACAUAGCAAUGUGGCGCUUAAAAUGAUGCUAUGUGACACAACCAGAGGACUUUCUGAUAGCAUCCCUUUCCUUAUUGCUCUUUUUUUUUUUAAUUUUAAUGAUGAGAAGGAGGGGCAACAUUUAUUUUGACAACUUUAAGGCAUCAGCUGACAUAAAUGAAUGAAGUACAUGAUAUGAAACACGAAUCUUCACCUGAGAUUCACUUUGUGCAAAGCUCUCCUUUUGGAGGAGCAAUUUGGUAGAUGCCAAAAUGCUACACUCCAGUUUCACAGUUGGGAGAUAAGACAGGUCUGGAAAAUGUCUAAGAAGGAAUUAACACUUUUGUUUUCUUUGCACUUGGUAGGCAGGUCCAUAAUUGACAGGAUUUUUCAAGGGUGUUUUGCUUAAAUCUAUGGAAACAAAAGACAAGUUAUCACUACCUGGAAGUAAUAAUAUACAGUUUUCUUCUUAGUGGCUUUAAAAUCUGGGCUUCUCUAAUUAUUAUCCACAUUUUCUGUUGCAAGAUUUCUUUUUAUACUUUCUUUAGUUUUUUAUCUCUGCUUCCAUUUCCUUUUUCUUUCUUUCUUUCUUUCUUUUUUUUUUUUUUGGCUCAUUGUUUUUAACUGAAAUAUGAGCACUGAUUUUAUUAAAUUCUAUAUUAACAUGAAUCAUUUCCAUGAAAAUCAUAAAGAAAACUCCAAACUAGCAGUAGUAGCUAGUAGUAGCUAAAAAAAAAAAAAAAAAAUGAGUCCUGGGGUGCUCUUUACCCUAAGGUUCUUUGAAAGAGCCCUGAAGACUGAGAUGUUCAUCUAAUUUACAGACAUUUCCCCCUUUGGUUGUGAUUACCCACCCUUUUUAUCAUUCUUUACAUUCAUUUUAUGUUCCUAAACAUCACAAUGUAAAUAUCAUCUUUGGUGUCCCAGCUCACCAGAAGAGUUCCCCAGUUGUAGUAAACACUAUCCAUGCAUUUGUUACCUGUUAUUACCUGCCAGUAGAUAAUUCCACGUAGCAUUUAAUCUGCUGAGUUAUUGAAUUCUGUUCACUGAGUUAUGACAAGAUAAAUAAUAGAUAUGCACAUGAAAGAUGCAAACUUGUGUGACUUUUAAAGCAAGUCAUGCAGGUCUGUGAUAGCAGGUGAUCACUCUGUACUCUCAUUGUCAAGGUUAGAUAUAUCCUAAGUUGCAAAACAGCCAGACUUGAGCUGUGCUCUGGCUGUCUUUGAGUUUAAGGCCCUUUGUUGUAUAAUAAGGUUGUGGAAGUUGUACUCCAAUGGCUGAAGCCAUGCUGUUAAUAUGGCUGAUGGGAGCAUCCCAGCAGCUGAACCCAGCACUUUGUAUGCUCCCACUGUAGUUGAACUUUACGUUUACAGUCUCAACAAUAACACUUACUCAUGCAUGCAAACACACACAUGUGCGCACAAACACAUAUACACAAAUGAAACCUUAAUCUUUUCUGAGCCUCUUAAAUGAGGAAAAUGAUAAUAUGAAAGACUCUGAACACCCAAGGUGGUGUCAAAUAUAAAAGUUAAGCUGAUGACUUUGCAGUGACUCAGGUUCUUUGUCUUCCAUAGCUUACCAGAUAGAGGGCCUGGCUAUUUCAAUAUAAUGAAGCCCACUGGCUUGACUUGUGAGUUCAACCUAGACCACAAUCCUAGACCAUCAUGGAUUUACAGGUAGAUGCUUCUUGAAAUUCACUCUCCAGAAACUAGACAUUAGAAUGCUAGAGGCAGUUUCCCAGGGAAACAAGCAUAUUGCCACAUGGGUGAUAGACUUGUAGUUCUAGUUUCAGCAACUUGUUAUAUCUACUUACAACAGGGAGGCAAAAGGAUUCUCUGUCAUUUCUGGUGGCUGAAUGUAAAGUAUGUGCCAAGUCAGCAGCACAAUUAUGAAGAGCUCUGGAUCACUGCCUGAUUAUUUAGUAGACCCAUUUUUAAAUCAGGUUAGAAGCCAAUUAAACAUGGAGGAUGAAUUACCUUCCUCUCCCUGGAGAUAAGACGUCUUUCGAUUUCACGAUUAAAGAUUGUUGCUGUUUUCUAGGUACUCUAUUCAUCACACUGUAAAUGGUGAUAUGUGUCGUAGGUGUGCAAGUAUUGAAGGGAUUGAAGGAUUGAGGUAUUUUGUCAAGUGAAUCUCUUCAGCAUACAAAUUUGUGGGAGGGCUAUGGGACAUGUGAGAGAGAGAGCAUGCCUCUACACCUUGACAAAGACUUGGUGACACACAGCUACAUAAGCACAUGGAGGUGGGGUGGAGGACAGAGUAACAGGCAGCUCCACCUGAGCAGUACACUGAACCAUCUCAGUCCUGCAACUUGACCCAAGUAGGGCCACCACUAUGCCUUCCUUUAUCACCCAAGCUCCAACCACAGAGAGUUUGACAAGUCUGUGUGAUGAUGCUGGCUUGGCUUUGUAUUUUUAAUUAACUUUGGAUUUUUUAGUGGUUUUGUCAUAUUACUGUCUGAGUUUGGUAGGUAGGAUUAAUUUGAAAAGAGUUUGCUAGUGUGGUCCUCCGGGUAGAAUUUAGCUGUAAGCAUGUUGUUAGCCAGCCUGUAGAGUGUUAAUUACUUAAUAAGCUCAUUGGGAAAAUACUAGUAGUUUUAUAUUUGGGUGACAUAAUUGGAAAAGCAGAUUAGCUGCUUCUACUUUUAUAAUAAAAGACUUGAGGUUGGGAUGACUUUUCCCCAUGUAAGGAAAUAAAAAGAUCCAAAUCAGGCAAUAACCAAGUUGUGAAAUUAGAAACCAUUGGCUAAAAUGUGUUUUGUUGUGUUUCCAAAUGGUUAGAGUUUCAUUUGGACAUUACAUUGCUAUGCACGUUGGAUUUGGUCUGCAUUGGAAAGAUAUUUGUUCUAUUAUAUCUUCCUGAAUUUAUCUAAUUUGGAUUUUGUUUUAAUCAAAUUCGCAUCCUGGAGGUUGAAGUUGGAGUUUGAAAAGCAUUUUUGAAGGCAGAAUCGAUUGAGUUGUUAGGGUGAAGCCCUCAUAUACUUCUCAACAGAUGUGAUAAAAUUCACCUGCAUGAGUUGGCAGGUGGGAGAACCAAACUGGAUCACUGGGUAGGACUACUCAGUAAAGCAACAAACUGCUUGCUUAUAGAACCACCAUUAUCCCCAUUGAGGAAAAAACGUGUGGCAAGAUGGUAUAGCUACACAAUAUCAAACAAAUGGGUCGAUUUAGUGCCCCAAAAUUCAUUUCUGUGGGGAAAAUUUAUUGGGCCAGUUGUCAGAGUUCUGUUACUCAACUGGCAGACAGAAUUCUUCGUCGUUGUUAUUGUUGUUGUUUCUCAUUUCCAUUCAUACAGCCUUAUUCUCAUAAAGAAACUCUGAUUCAUUUUCUCUUUGGUGUUAGCAAACUCCAGCAGCAGAAAUGGCAUCUGUAUAUUGAUAAUCAGCAUUUACCCCGGCAGGAGACUAAUCAGAUAGGCUGGUCUCAGACAUAAAUCCAACCGUCUGAUAUUUUGGGCAAAAGAAAAGUAUUAAUUCCCUUUCCAUUCUCCUCCUCACAAAUCUAGAAGCCCUCUUUAUCAAAAGCAUCACAUUUUACCCUAUAAUUUAUCAACUAAAAGAAAAUUGUAUG